AUGGAAGAUUGGCAGGAUUUUGUGAAGCACCUGAUUGAAAGAGAUGCACCAAAAGUUGUCAUCAUCAUCAAUAUGAAUGAUGUGAUCAAGACGUGGAACAACAGUGCUAGCCGAAGAAGUGAUGAUGAAGGUGAGAACGAUGAUGAAGAAGCGGCCAGCAAAACUUCGAUGUCUGACUUGGACUGGGAGCUUGCAUGCAUUCGCCUCAUCCUCGAAGCAAAAUGGGUAAAUCAUCAUACCGUAAAUGCUGACAGCAACAGCUACACAUACAUACCCAGUGAUGGUAGUGCCUGCUACUCUCUCACCCCGUUCCUCAUGAAAGAGUGGUGUCGUGCCAUUUAUGAUGGCCAGACCACCAUGUGA